UAAUUCGAGCCAGUUGAGUUGCGCGCGCGCCGAGAACACACGCGUUUAAAAAUAAAUCCAAAAUGGCCGGCCGCGCGACGCAUUGUUUACUAACUAUUCCAAAGAGGGGUUACAGCUCAAAAGUGGACAAAAAUGUCGCAUUUCUCGGCCUUGGCAAUAUGGGUGGUUUUAUGGCCGCAAAUUUAGUCAAAAAGGGCUUCACAGUGAAAGGUUAUGACCCCUCAUCAGACGCAGUUAAAGCCGCCGCUAAAAACGGCAUCACAGGCGCUUCGUCCAUCGCUGCAGCUCUUGAUGGCGCUGAUGCCCUGGUAUCCAUUCUGCCCAGCAACAAAGUCGUGCUUGACGCUUACCUUGGUAAAGAUGGAGUUGUCGCACACGCAGCCAAGGGCACCCUUCUCAUCGACUCCAGCACAGUGGACCCCAAUGUCCCCAAACAAAUUUACCCAGUGGCCAUCGAGAAUGGCGUCGGGUUCAUCGAUGCCCCAGUUUCUGGAGGUACAAUGGGCGCUCAAAAUGCCACACUAGCGUUUAUGUCCGGAGGUCGUAAAGGGGACUUUGAGAGGUCACUACCCAUGUUGAAAGCGAUGGGAGCCAAGCAGUUCCACUGUGGAGAUAUCGGCUCAGGCCAGGUGGCCAAGUUAGCCAACAAUAUGCUGAUGGGUAUCACCGGGAUGGCCACGGCUGAGUGCAUGAAUAUGGGAAUCAAGAUGGGUCUGGACCCCCAAGUCCUGCUUGACGUGCUGAAUAACUCGUCAGCUCGCUCCUGGUCCACCGAGGUGUACUGCCCUGUCCCCGGGCUGAUCCCCACAGCGCCGUCCAGCAAGAAUUAUGAUGGGGGGUUCAAAAACGAACUUAUGGUUAAGGAUCUCGAGCUCGCCAGCGGUAUGGCACUCGGAAUCCGGUCACCGAUCCCACUCGGCGCCGUCGCGACUCAGCUUUACCGCAUGGCGCAGACCAGAGGCUUCGGCCAGAAGGACUUCUCUUACAUCUACCAGCUCCUGAAAGAAGACAAACAAUAGUAAAUAAAUUAAAUUAGAACAAG